AAAGACAUUAGAGAAAUCUGCUGAGUUUGAAAAUAAACAGCAAAAUGACGAAGCAGGAGCUCCAUCCGGCUACAACGGGGAAACUUUAUCUCCACUGAAGUGAGUAAGAAUUGUUUCGAUAGAGCUAUAUAUAUGAAACAUCUCAUAUUCAUUCACAUAUUUCUUCAUAGCUUCUGCAACUUAGUUUGAUCUGCAUCCAUAUACUUUCAAACUGACGUAAUUACUGGUAAAUAAUCUUGAUUAUAUCAGGAUCUUUUGUUGUGUUGUGUGUGUGUGUGUUUAUGGUAGAGUGAUUUACUUCUAGUUAUUAUAUUUACAAUCGUCUGUAGACUUUUUGGUAUGUAUAACAUGUAUUUUUUAGCAGACAUGCAAGUAGUGAUCCCAACAAUCUUCAUAACACUAAAAGCAAAGUAGAUUCUCAAUCAGAUCUGGGGAAGCUAUCUGUUGAGCAAAUCCCAUUUGUCAGGUAUUUCUAUAUUUGAUUUGCUUGGCGAUGAUGGAAUGGUUGUCAAAUGCGAAGGAAGUCCAAUGAAAGAAGCUCAUGUCGCGUUUUCAGUUGACGGUUUGGGCAGAGUAGGAAUGGAGACACCAGCAUGUUCCCCUCAGCAUGCCAGCAGGAAAUGCAGGAUAUCAAAACGCACUGUGAUGAUGUUUCUUUAAAUUAUUCAUUAGACAUAAUGGAUGAAUGUGAUAACCCUAAGAAGAAGUCACCUACCAAGAUCCGAUACCGUUCCAUUGAAGAUUGCAAAAGAAAUGAACAUGGUGGCAGACGUAUCUUUGAUGGCACGGAUGGAGAAAGAGAUAGAUUUUAUGGUGGAUUUAACUUCUUAAAUGACAGUUUUCUUGGGGAGAUGGAAUGUGAUUUCUUCGAGAAGAAUCAUUUUAAUGAAAUUGGUAGCGUUUCGUUUGAUUCUUUGAACUAUGAGAAGUAUGAUAUAUCAGAAAAUGCAUUUGACAGCCCCUAUCUACCAAAAAAGAGAUGUGCAGGUGCAACAAGAACAAUGGACAAAUUCAAUUUAUUUGAGCCCGUCAAGUCAAGUUCGAAGCAUCCUACUUUAGGACAUGAUGAUGAUUUAAUGUCGUAUGCAAAAAGGAACCCAAAAGCAACAAGGAUCUCUGAUUUCGAAGACAAAUCAUUCCAACCAGAUUGGUUUUGCUCUAUGGCAGACGAUGCAACAGACAACUUCAGCUUGUUGAGUGAGGAGUCUUGUUCAGCCAGUGCAGUUAGAGGCGAAGCAUUCAAUAGCUCACCAUUCAAUAGCUCACCAUUACACUCAAAACCGAGGCAGAGCAUGAGAAGAGGCAUGGAUGAUGAUUCUGGCCCUGGGAUUAGUUACAGCGCCAACAGCAUUUACUCCAGAGACCCACAUUACAAAAUCAGGGACGAAGAGCAAGAAAAGUAUAUGCGAAAAUCAAAUUCAUCAAAGCUCGAGCCAGUCCAUCACUCAAACUCUCCUUUCAUAGAAAAACCACCGCCAUUUAAAACCUGGUCUUUUGAAAAAGAAUGUAACCUGAGCUCUUCUUGUCAAAGUCCAGCAGCAAAUCGUCCAUUCAGAGGCUCCAUGCCUUGGAAUGAAUAUCCCUUCGCUGAGUCUACUCUUGCUGAAUCCUCCUUCACAAACAAACAUGUUAAAACUGUUCCUAAUUCUUCUACCCGUCCAAUCUCCAAAAGGCCUUCCUUUCAACCAUCAAAUGUAGAGUCCGCUGCACUCGAGCUCGACCUAUCUUCAAAUUCAAAAUUUGUAGGCACAUAUUCACGCAUGGCAGAAACUACUAGUUCACAUGGAGAACACCCAAUUUCUCCUGUAUUAUCAGCUCAGGGUAGUGUCGGCACCGACGAAAAAAGUGAAUCCAAAGUUCCUUCAUUAGGAAUUGGAAAGGAUGAUUUCCAUGAAGAAAAAUCCACAAGUACUAGAAGCAAGAAGGUCUGUGUGGAUGACACUGACAGAGAGUGGUUGGAUGAUUCGAAUCCUGAGAAGAAAACUUGUGAUAGCAUCAGAAAUGAAACGGAAAACAAAUCUCUGGCAGUGGAGUAUUUGGAGGCCUCCCAUUCUUCUGGUCAUGUAAAAAACGGUGAUGUUGACAAAUUUAACCCCGAUGAUAAAGUUUCUAUUCCAUAUUCUAAAGGAGAAAAGGGAGUAAGAGAUGUUAAGGUGGAGGGAAGUAAGACGAGGAGCAAAAGUUGCAGCAUGGACUCAUCUUCACAGGUGAUGAUGCUUGAAAGUUAUGUUCUCCAGCUUCUCUUCGUGCAAAAGGUACUUCUAAAGCAAGCAUCUUCACAAGAUUUUAUGAAAAAUGCAUGAAAUUCUUCUCUUUAGUCGUUCUAAUGCAUGCGAUUCCGAACCAGUUGAUAUUUUACUCUUUUCAUUUACUCAUCAUCUGCUGAAAAUUUGAAGGUUUGUCUGAAUA